AUGCCUUGGCAGGACAGCAACGGCCAGCCGCAGCGGCACUCCGGCCAGCUGCACCGAGCACCGCGUCUUCUGUGCACGGUUCUUCCUUCCCGUCCUUGCAGAGCUGCGCUCAGAAACCCGCAGAACGAAGAACGCAAUUCGCACUGUCUUACUGUCCGGCCCCAUCUGCUCAUUGCUCACGCCUGGGCCAACAGUAACACCCCACCAGUGAUGCACUAA